AUGCCGCGCAAAGACAUCGACUUCCGCACCAGCGACCGCGUCACCCUCCGCGGCUGGUUGUACACCUCGGCCGGCGACAGCACCAAGAAGCUGCCAUGCUUCAUCAUGUCCCACGGCUGGUCAGCCGUCAAGGAGAUAGACCUCGACGCGUUCGCAGAGUACUUCAGGACCCACCUGGCGCUGACGACGCUCGUGUACGACCAGCGCGGGUUUGGGACGAGCGAUGUCAAAGCGGGCUCCCCGAGGCUGGAAAUCAAUCCGCGCGAGCAGCAGAGUGAUGUCUCGGAUGCGGUGACGUUUGCGCAGACGAUGCCUGAGGUGGACGCCGCGAGGGUUGGGGCUUGGGGUACUUCGGUGAGUGCCGUUGCGGGGAACGUGCUGUAUACUGGUGCAGUGGAUCGGAGAAUCAAGGUCGUGCGUUGUCAGCGUCACUCGAUGAGGCCAAUGGUUGAUGGAUGGGACAACUUCAAUCGUUUGAUCCGAUUCGACUUCCAGGGAGGCAUGGAGCAGGCUUUUGCAGGGGAUGAGUCUCAUGGAAGCCCCGUCCGAGCGUCAACACUGACUCAAAGUUGA